AUGGUCAUUGGAUUUAAUGAUAUAAAGUUCAAUGGUGACCUUAACAAUGGCCACUUUAGGGCAAAGAAUGAUGAAAAUGGAAACUGCUCAGGGGAAGGAAUUGAAUUCCCUACAACAAAUUUAUAUGAACUGGAAAGCCGUGUUUUGACUGAUCAUUGGUCCAUCCCUUACAAGCGAGAAGAAUCACUAGGCAAAUGCCUCUUGGCUUCUACUUACCUAGCAAGACUUGGUCUUUCCGAAUCUGAUGAGAAUUGUAAAAGAUUUAUGGAUAGGUGUAUGCCAGAAGCAUUUAAAAAGCUCCUGACAUCAAGUGCUGUUCACAAGUGGGGUACUGAAAUUCAUGAAGGAAUCUACAAUAUGUUGAUGCUAUUAAUAGAGCUGGUCGCAGAGAGAAUUAAACAAGAUCCAAUUCCCAUUGGUCUCCUGGGCGUGCUUACAAUGGCUUUCAAUCCUGAUAAUGAAUACCAUUUUAAAAACAGAAUGAAAGUGUCUCAAAGGAAUUGGGCAGAAGUGUUUGGAGAGGGAAAUAUGUUUGCUAUUUCACCUGCAUCUGCUUUCCAAAAGGAGCCUCAUGGAUGGGUUGUGGAUUUGGUAAAUAAGUUUGGAGAAUUAGGUGGAUUUGCAGCAAUCCAAGCCAAGCUCCAUUCAGAAGAUAUAGAACUUGGGGCUGUCUCAGCAUUGGUGCAACCCUUGGGAGUAUGUGCAGAGUACCUGAAUUCCUCAGUGGUACAGCCCAUGCUAGACCCAGUCAUCCUUACUACAAUCCAGGAUGUGCGGAGUGUGGAGGAGAAGGAUCUCAAAGACAAGAGAUUGGUUAGCAUCCCUGAGCUCUUGUCUGCCAUAAAGUUACUUUGCAUGCGCUUCCAACCGGAUCUGGUGACAAUUGUGGAUGACCUUCGACUAGACAUCCUACUGCGCAUGUUGAAAUCACCACAUUUUAGUGCUAAAAUGAAUUCACUCAAAGAAGUAACCAAGCUAAUAGAAGACAGCACUUUGUCCAAAUCUGUGAAGAAUGCUAUAGAUACAGACAGAUUAUUAGAUUGGCUAGUUGAAAACUCAGUUCUGUCAAUUGCACUGGAAGGCAACAUAGACCAAGCACAAUACUGUGAUCGUAUAAAGGGAAUUAUUGAACUCUUGGGCAGUAAAUUGUCUUUAGAUGAGCUCACUAAAAUUUGGAAGAUACAGUCAGGACAAUCAUCUACUGUGAUCGAGAAUAUUCAUACUAUUAUUGCUGCAGCAGCUGUGAAAUUUAAUUCAGAUCAGCUUAAUCAUUUGUUUGUUCUCAUUCAGAAGAGCUGGGAGACUGAGAGUGAUAGAGUAAGACAAAAGCUAUUGAGCCUGAUUGGACGAAUAGGCCGGGAAGCUCGCUUUGAGACCACUUCUGGAAAGGUGUUAGACGUACUCUGGGAACUGGCUCAUCUUCCAACCCUGCCCAGUAGCCUUAUUCAGCAAGCCUUGGAGGAGCAUCUGACGAUUCUUAGUGAUGAUGCGUACGCUGUGAAAGAAGCUAUCAAGAGGAGCUACAUUAUUAAGUGCAUAGAAGAUAUUAAAAGGCCUGGAGAAUGGUCAGGUUUGGAAAAAAACAAGAAGGAUGGAUUCAAGGGUUUUAACUUAUUUAAGACUUUUUUUGAAAAUGUGAAUCUCUGCGAUCAUCGAUUGAAAAGACAAGGAGCUCAGUUAUAUGUAGAAAAGCUGGAAUUAAUAGGAAUGGAUUUCAUUUGGAAAAUAGCCAUGGAAUCACCUGAUGAAGAAAUUGCUAAUGAAGCUAUUCAGUUAAUCAUAAACUAUAGUUAUAUUAAUCUAAAUCCUAGGUUAAAGAAGGAUUCAGUAUCUUUACAUAAGAAAUUCAUUGCUGAUUGCUAUACAAGAUUAGAAGCAGCCAGUUCAGCACUUGGUGGCCCCACUCUCACACAUGCUGUGACCAGAGCAACAAAAAUGCUUACAGCAACUGCCAUGCCAACUGUAGCAACAUCAGUUCAGUCUCCAUAUAGAUCCACUAAACUUGUAAUAAUUGAGAGAUUGCUGCUUCUGGCAGAACGCUAUGUGAUCACUAUAGAGGAUUUUUACUCUGUUCCACGAACUAUUCUACCUCAUGGUGCCUCAUUUCAUGGACAUCUUUUAACUCUUAAUGUUACCUAUGAGUCUACCAAAGACACCUUCACUGUAGAGGCUCACAGUAAUGAAACCAUAGGGAGUGUUCGGUGGAAGAUAGCCAAGCAGUUGUGCUCUCCUGUGGAUAAUAUACAGAUAUUUACAAAUGAUAGUCUGCUGACAGUGAAUAAAGAUCAAAAGCUACUCCACCAACUGGGCUUUUCUGAUGAACAAGUCCUUACAGUAAAGACUUCUGGCAGUGGGACCCCAUCUGGGAGCUCAGCAGAUUCAUCAACCAGCUCCAGCAGCAGCAGCAGUGGUGUUUUUAGUUCAUCCUAUGCCAUGGAGCAGGAGAAAUCCCUCCCUGGUGUUGUGAUGGCACUUGUAUGUAAUGUGUUUGACAUGCUUUACCAGCUUGCCAAUCUAGAGGAGCCAAGGAUAACUCUACGAGUACGAAAGCUUCUGCUCUUGAUACCCACUGAUCCAGCCAUUCAGGAAGCCCUGGAUCAACUUGAUUCCCUAGGAAGAAAGAAGACAUUACUGUCUGAAUCAAGUUCUCAGUCUUCAAAAUCUCCAUCCCUGUCUUCAAAGCAGCAGCAUCAGCCAAGCGCCAGUUCAAUUUUAGAAAGUCUGUUUCGAUCUUUUGCUCCAGGAAUGUCCACCUUCAGAGUGCUCUACAACUUAGAAGUUCUGAGCUCCAAACUCAUGCCAACAGCUGAUGACGACAUGGCUCGAAGCUGUGCAAAAUCCUUCUGUGAGAACUUCCUCAAAGCAGGAGGUUUGAGUUUGGUUGUAAAUGUCAUGCAGAGGGAUUCCAUCCCAUCAGAAGUAGACUAUGAAACAAGGCAGGGUGUUUAUUCCAUCUGUCUACAGCUUGCAAGAUUUUUACUUGUUGGACAAACAAUGCCCACAUUAUUAGAUGAAGACCUAACCAAAGAUGGCAUAGAAGCACUUUCUUCCCGCCCAUUCCGAAAUGUCAGCCGGCAGACAAGCAGACAGAUGUCAUUAUGUGGUACCCCAGAAAAGUCAUCUUACCGACAGUUGUCAGUAUCUGAUAGGUCUUCCAUUAGGGUUGAGGAAAUCAUUCCUGCUGCUCGAGUUGCAAUACAAACAAUGGAAGUAAGUGAUUUCACCUCUACUGUGGCUUGUUUCAUGAGAUUGUCAUGGGCUGCAGCUGCAGGACGACUUGACCUUGUUGGGAGUAGCCAGCCGAUCAAAGAAAGUAAUUCUCUGUUUCCUGCUGGAAUUCGAAACAGACUCAGCAGUUCAGGAAGCAAUUGCAGCUCUGGAAGUGAAGGAGAACCAGUAGCACUGCAUGCAGGAAUCUGCGUUCGACAACAGUCUGUAUCCACCAAAGACUCUUUGAUUGCCGGGGAGGCUUUGUCUCUUCUUGUUACAUGCCUACAGCUUCGGAGCCAGCAACUGGCAUCUUUCUAUAGCUUGCCCUGUGUUGCUGAUUUUAUCAUCGAUAUUUUGCUUGGAUCACCAAGUGCUGAAAUUCGCCGGGUUGCCUGUGAUCAACUGUAUACUCUAAGUCAGACAGACACUUCAGUUCAUCCAGAUGUACAGAAGGCAAAUCAGUUUCUCCUAGGUGUCAUUCUCACAGCUCAGCUUCCUCUCUGGUCCCCAACUAGUAUUAUGAGAGGAGUCAAUCAGAGAUUAUUGUCUCAGUGUACAGAGUAUUUUGAUUUGAGGUGCCAGUUAUUAGAUGAUCUGACAACUUCAGAAAUGGAGCAGUUAAGAAUCAGCCCAGCUACCAUGCUCGAAGAUGAGAUUACUUGGCUGGAUAACUUUGAACCUAAUCGCACAGCUGAAUGUGAGACCAGCGAAGCAGACAACAUCUUAUUGGCAGGACACUUACGGCUCAUCAAGACCCUUCUUUCACUCUGUGGGGCAGAAAAGGAAAUGCUUGGUUCAUCACUCAUUAAACCAUUGUUAGAUGACUUCCUUUUCCGAGCUUCUAGAAUUAUUUUAAAUAGUCAUUCUCCAGCUGGCAGUGCCGCCAUCAGUCAACAGGACUUUCAUCCAAAGUGUAGUACAGUGAAUAGCCGAUUAGCAGCCUAUGAGGUCCUUGUGAUGUUGGCUGAUAGUUCACCUUCAAAUCUUCAAAUUAUUAUAAAAGAACUACUUUCUAUGCAUCAUCAGCCUGACCCUGCUCUUACAAAGGAAUUUGAUUACCUUCCCCCAGUGGAUAGCAGGUCCAGUUCAGGGUUUGUGGGGCUGAGGAAUGGUGGUGCUACUUGUUACAUGAAUGCAGUCUUCCAGCAGCUGUAUAUGCAACCUGGGCUCCCUGAGUCAUUACUCUCAGUAGAUGAUGACACAGACAAUCCAGACGAUAGUGUAUUUUACCAAGUGCAGUCUCUCUUUGGCCAUUUGAUGGAAAGCAAGCUGCAGUAUUACGUACCUGAGAACUUUUGGAAGAUUUUCAAGAUGUGGAACAAAGAACUUUAUGUGAGAGAACAGCAGGAUGCAUAUGAAUUCUUUACUAGUCUCAUUGAUCAGAUGGAUGAAUAUCUCAAGAAAAUGGGGAGAGACCAAAUUUUUAAGAAUACUUUUCAGGGCAUCUAUUCUGAUCAGAAGAUCUGUAAAGACUGUCCACACAGAUAUGAGCGUGAGGAAGCUUUCAUGGCUCUCAAUCUAGGAGUUACUUCUUGUCAGAGUUUGGAAAUUUCUUUGGACCAGUUUGUUAGAGGGGAAGUUCUAGAAGGAAGUAAUGCAUACUACUGUGAAAAGUGUAAAGAAAAGAGAAUAACAGUGAAAAGGACCUGUAUUAAGUGUUUGCCUAGUGUCUUGGUAAUUCACCUAAUGAGAUUUGGAUUUGACUGGGAGAGUGGACGCUCCAUUAAAUAUGAUGAGCAAAUAAGGUUUCCCUGGAUGCUAAACAUGGAGCCUUACACAGUUUCAGGAAUGGCUCGCCAGGAUUCAUCUUCUGAAGUUGGUGAAAAUGGGCGAAGUAUGGAUCAGGGAGGUGGAGGAUCCCCACGAAAAAAAGUUGCCCUCACAGAAAACUAUGAGCUUGUCGGUGUCAUUGUACACAGUGGGCAGGCACAUGCAGGCCACUACUAUUCCUUCAUUAAGGACAGGCGGGGCUGUGGAAAAGGAAAGUGGUAUAAAUUUAAUGAUACAGUUAUAGAAGAAUUUGACCUAAAUGAUGAGACCCUGGAGUAUGAAUGCUUUGGAGGAGAGUAUAGACCAAAAGUUUAUGAUCAAACAAACCCAUAUACUGAUGUUCGCCGAAGAUACUGGAAUGCCUAUAUGCUCUUCUACCAAAGGGUGUCUGAUCAAAACUCCCCAGUAUUACCAAAGAAAAGUCGUGUCAGCGUUGUACGGCAGGAAGCUGAGGACCUCUCUCUGUCAGCUCCAUCUUCCCCAGAAAUUUCACCUCAGUCCUCUCCUCGGCCCCAUAGGCCUAACAAUGACCGGCUCUCUCUUUUAACCAAGCUGGUUAAAAAAGGCGAGAAGAAAGGACUAUUUGUGGAGAAAAUGCCUGUUCGAAUAUACCAGAUGGUGAGAGAUGAAAACCUCAAGUUCAUGAAGAAUAGAGAUGUGUACAGUAGUGAUUAUUUCAGUUUUGUUUUGUCUUUAGCUUCAUUGAAUGCUACUAAAUUAAAGCAUCCAUAUUAUCCUUGCAUGGCAAAGGUGAGCUUACAGCUUGCCAUUCAGUUCCUUUUUCAAACUUAUCUACGGACAAAGAAAAAACUCAGGUGAGGAACUGAACGUUGGGUUUGAAACUCAUUGAGUGCCCUGAAAGAUAAAAGUUUCAGACUAAGCUUUUUCAUACAUUUUUUCUCAGGGGAAGGGAAGAAGAUCAUUAAGAUUUUCUUGUUGGAGUGCAGCGUGAGAGAAGUGCGAGUUGCCAUGGCCACCAUUCUUGAGAAAACCCUAGAUAGUGCCUUGUUUUAUCAGGAUAAGUUAAAGAGCAUUCAUCAGUUACUGGAGGUACUGCUUGCUCUAUUGGAUAAAGAUGUCCCAGAAAAUUGUAAAAACUGUGCUCAGUACUUUUUCCUGUUCAACACUUUUGUACAAAAGCAAGGUAUUAGGGCUGCAGAUCUUCUUCUGAGGCACUCAGCUCUGCGACACAUGAUCAGCUUUCUCCUAGGGGCCAAUCGGCAGAACAAUCAGAUACGUCGAUGGAGUUCAGCACAAGCACGAGAGUUUGGGAAUCUUCACAAUACAGUGGCAUUACUUGUUUUGCAUUCAGAUGUCUCUUCCCAAAGGAACGUUGCUCCCAGCGUAUUCAAACAUCGGCCGCCUAUUAGCAUUGCUCCCUCAAGUCCUCUGCUGCCCCUCCACGAGGAAGUAGAAGCCUUGCUGUUCUUGUCUGAAGGGAAACCUUACCUGCUAGAGGUGAUGUUUGCUUUGCGGGAGCUGACGGGCUCGCUCUUGGCACUCAUCGAGAUGGUGGUGUACUGCUGUUUCUGUAAUGAGCAUUUCUCCUUCACGAUGCUGCAUUUCAUUAAGAACCAACUAGAAACAGCUCCACCCCAUGAGUUAAAGAAUACAUUCCAAGUACUUCAUGAGAUAUUGGUCAUUGAAGAUCCCAUACAAGUAGAGAGAGUCAAAUUUGUGUUUGAGACAGAAAAUGGAUUACUAGCUUUGAUGCACCACAGUAAUCAUGUGGACAGCAGUCGCUGCUACCAGUGUGUCAAAUUUCUUGUAACUCUUGCUCAAAAGUGUCCUGCUGCUAAAGAAUACUUCAAGGAGAAUUCCCAUCACUGGAGUUGGGCUGUACAGUGGCUACAAAAGAAGAUGUCAGAACAUUAUUGGACACCACAGAGUAAUGUCUCUAAUGAAACGUCAACUGGAAAAACCUUUCAGCGAACCAUUUCAGCUCAGGACACAUUAGCAUAUGCCACAGCUUUGUUGAAUGAAAAAGAGCAAUCGGGAAGCAGCAAUGGGUCAGAGAGCAGUCCUGCAAAUGAAAACGGAGAGAGGCAUUUGCAGCAGGGUUCAGAAUCCCCCAUGAUGAUUGGCGAGCUAAGAAGUGACCUUGACGAUGUCGAUCCUUAGAGGAGCAUGCCCAGCACCGGAGGAGGAGUCGAGUCACAGUACUGGAUGCUCAGCAACCUUUUGGACCCAGAAUCUCGUCCUUGAGACCUUUAAAAGAGCCUGGAGAUUGGACUGGGAGAGCUGACAUGACUCUGGAGGACCGUGCAUUUGACGAGAGCGUUCUUUGGCCACUAGAAAGUUUGGGAGCCGUUUGGCAGUGGGAGAUCUCCCAGCGUGGGGAUCAGCUGUCCAGGGCCACAGUCCGUAUGUGGAUUAACAUUCUUUGUGGAGAUUUUAGGAAAUAAAGCUGGUGGCAGACUUUUUUGUUAAAUGAACAUUCAAGAGUGAGGGUAAAGCUAUUGCUUUCUCUAUGAUGCUACAAAAGAAAUUCAUUUGGUUUUUAUAUUUUAAGAAAAAAAAAUGCAAGCUGCCUUUAGAUAUGUGGGGGCAAAUUUUAAAUCUUCAGUAACACUGAAUAGGAAUAUCCAAUUUAAAAUGGUGUAAAGAUAUGUGAUAAAAUUUCUUUUCAUUGUAAAAUAGUAGUUAAAGAAUUCAGUUUACACAGACCUUUGUAUUUAAUAUGUCUCCUAUUUGUAUAGAUUUUCGGAUGGGUCUGGAUGAGAGCCCUGGGCAUAAGCUUGGAUCUUAAGGAAAUGUUACCAGGAUCAAAAAUUGGGAAAUUAUUAAGCUCUUUAAGGUAUUUUUCAUAUAUAAUUGAGAUUGAAAAGAGCAAUAAAAAAAUGCGCUGUUUUCUCCGGAAAUACAGGGUGCAUUCUUUGACAUCAGUCACUAAAGAAGUUAUAAGUUGUUCCCAAAACAAAUUUUAAAAACAGGAAAAUAAAAAGCACUUUAAGAUAUAAUUUUAUUGAGCUUGACUUUAUAAAAUUAUCUUUUUAAGGCUUGGAGACAUAUUGAAUAAACUGUAGUCUUAAGUCAUGUGAUCUGCAAUCAUUUGCUUUUGCUUAAAACAUAAUUACUGAAACCCAUGGUAUUAGUUGUAUAUGAAGUUAAAUUUUUGGAGUUGGGAGACAUUGCUUUGUGAGUUUCAUAGUAACUUUAAUGCAGAGAAGGAAUUUAAGACUUUGUUUCUCCUCAGCAAGACUAAUUAACACAAAAAGAUAGGCAAGGUUUAACAUUUAUUUUCCCAGAAAUAACUAGAAGGAAGUUGAACGAUCAUCCUGGUAGUUGUAUUCCCCAAGUAUAGUACCGUUCGCUCACUUUAGAAACCAGCUCUUUUUUGGCCAGGGGGAGGGGGAAAGGGGUAUUACACCAACACAUUUCAUAUAUUUUGUAAAUUUUGUAUCUUGAGUUGCUCGCACACAUUUUCAGCCCUGUUUUGCCUUUAGUUACAUGUUCUGCCUUAUUUUCAACUCGCCAUGCACAGAACUAGGAGAGCCUUAGGAAGUGCCAGGUUGUCACUGUCAGUUGCCAAGUCAAAGAGGCGCAGCCAGCUCCAAAGUGCCUUUUUGGUUGCUUUUGCAUUUUGCAUGGACACGUGCCAGGGAAGACAGCUUCUAAUUGCUGUACACGUUCAAUAACCCAGUCAUUUCACUCUUCAACUGUGGAAGAUGCUGUGCAGUCAGGCUGCAGCUUGUAAUUCUGUAACUUAACGGCAGGCUAGUGAUGGCUUUUGUCAGCUACACUGAGAAGAUGGAAGGGCCAGCAUUUAAGAGCAGAGCUGGCCCUCGGAGAAAUGGACAGAGGAGACUGGCACAUUGUAUAUGGUUCCAGUGUUCUUGCAAUUUUGAAUGUGAUGUUCUAAGAUUGAUUUCAAGUACACAAAUACUCCAUGUGCUAUUGUUUCCCCUACCCACCCUCACCUCACUACCCCAUUCCUCACGGAAAGAUUGUGUGGGACAUGACAUUGAAAUGCUGGUGAUGAUAGGUGUUGGGAUAUCAUCGCUGGCAACUGCACUCUCAGGAGCCCAAAUUCAGGAGUGAAAUUGCCACUUCUAGUCCCUUUAUUUCCUAUGGAAACGACGCCUCCACACCCCAGCACCUGCUGUCCUCACUGUAAAGCUUCGUCAGGAUCGCCCGUCACUAUGGUGUGUUAUACGCCUUGGUUAGUUUUGCUUACAUUGUUGCUGCAAUGAACAUCGUUUUCACUUUGCCAGUGACCACUUGAUUUCCAAUGGCUGCAGUCAAUGAACCUGCUGAUGACUUUUUUUAAUGUAGUACAACCAAGUGACAAUUAUGACAGGCUUGCCUUGGAAGAGUUGUCAUUUUUACUGCCAAUAUUUUGGAUGAAGAUGUUUUUAUAAAUCUUUCAAAAUGGUCUGCAAAUCAAGCAGGAAUUGCACAAUUAACUCAAUGCUGUGUGUUUUCAAGAAGCUCCCUUAGUGAAGGCCUAUCUCAGGAUGGCCGAUUCCGCCCAUUACAGGCAUCCCAGGAAAGAAAGCAAACGAGCAUCCCGACGGGCAUCCACCCAUGACUUCUCCUGGAGCACUCACAUGGUCACUGACAACUAGAAUAAAUUUUAGGACCUAGAGCACCAUGUCAUCAGACUUACCCUGUCUUGCCCCACUCUCCCUGCUAACAUUGAGGUGUGUGCAGUUACUUUUUGAGCUUGGAACAAGCAGACUGGAAUUUUCCUCUGCUACCUCUUGUGUACAGAAUCUUGUAAAAUUUCAAAAGGAAGUAGAUAAACUAGGGAAGAAUCUUAAUUCUAAAUGUGGUUCAUGCGUGGCAGAGUUCUUAGCUUCUAAAAACAUAAAAUAAAUUUUUCAAAAAUGUA